UUUUUGAAUUACAUGGAAGCAAAAAGAAAAGUUGAUCAUGAAAUUGGUUUUGAUUUCACAAAAUUGCCACCAUCUAAAUGGGGUGAUCACUUCCUCACUGUGACCGUCACUGACUCGGAUAUUGAUGCUCUUGCAAAUGAAAUUGAGGUACUAAAGCUUAAAGUGAGGGACAUGCUAAUUUGGUAUUCGGGAGAUGAUGGCGAGGCGACCAAGAGAAAAAUUCUUAUAAUCCAUUUUCUAGUCAGUCUUGGUCUGGCAUAUCAUUUCGAGAAUGAGAUUGAACACAUAGUGAAAAUUGCUUUCGAGAAGAUAGCGGAUUUGAUCGCUGAUGAGAAUGACUUGUACACGAUUUCUAUCAUGUUUCGCGUUUUCAGAACAUAUGGUCACAACAUGUCAUCGGAUGUGUUCAAAAGAUUCAAAGAAGAUGAUGAGAAGUUCAAGAGAUAUCUAAUAAAUGAUUUCAAAGGGAUGCUAAGCUUUUAUGAAGCACUACACCUCGGAACAACAACGGAUUAUAUCUUGGAUGAAGCAUUGAGCUUUACACUGAGCCACUUGGAGACAAUAGCUACAGGUCAUUUAGCAAGUCCAGGACACAUUUCAAGGCUUAUACAAAAAUCACUUCACAUACCUCAACACAUGAACAUUGAAGCACUAGUUGCAAGGGAGUAUAUUUCAUUUUAUGAACAAGAAGAGAACCACGAUGAAACGUUGCUCAAGUUAGCAAAGCUCAAUUUCAAGUUCUUACAGCUUCAUUACUUCCAAGAACUAAAAACAAUCACCAUGUGGUGGAGGGGACUAGAUCAUACAUCAAAAUUACCACCUAAUUUCAGAGAAAGAACCGUUGAGACUUGGUUAGCGGCAUUGAUGAUGUACUUUGAGCCGCAGUUUUCACUUGGGAGAAUUAUGUCGGCUAAGUUUUACUUAGCAAUCACAUUUCUAGAUGAUGCUUGCGAUACAUAUGCUUCUAUUGACGAAGUUAGGAAUCUGGUUGAUUGUAUAGAAAGAUGGGACCCUGAUUACAUGGGAGAACUUCAAGGUCACAUGAAGACGGCCUUCAAAUUUGUGAUGUGUGUUUAUAAAGAGUAUGAAGAUAUAUUGAGGUCACAAGGAAGAUUAUUUGUCUUGGAGGAAAUGAUAGAAGAGUUCAAGAUACUUGUGAGGACAAACCUCCAACUUGUCAAAUGGGCACGAGAAGAUUGCAUGCCUAGCUUUGAUGAGUAUAUAGAAGCUGGUGGAGCUGAGAUUGGUUCGUAUGCGACCAUAGCUUGCUCUAUUAUGGGACUUGGAGAGAUUAGUAAGAAGAUAGAUUUUGAGUGGCUAAGAUCUAGACCAAAGGUCGUCCAAGUUCUAGCCGCAAAGACCCGUCUCAUGGAUGACAUAACCGACUAUGAGGAGGAUAUUGGUAAAGGUUACACUGCAAACGCACUCAACUAUUACAUAAAACAACAUGGAGUUACCAAAGAAGAAGCUAUAAAAGUGUUUGAUAAAAUGAUUAAAUAUAUCAACAAAAUCGUUAACGAGGAGUGCUUGAAGACAACCCACAUCUCUCGUCGGGUUCUUAACCAAAUCAUCAAUUACGGACGUUCAUUAGACGUUCUAUAUACAUCUGACGAUGUCUUCAACCACCGUGAAGGCAUGCUCAAGGAGUAUAUCACCACUUUGCUCGUUGAUCCAAUACAUCUUUAGAGUUUAGACUGUGGAAGUCAAAGCAUAACCUUCUUUGGGUUUCGAAUACAAUGUUUUAGUGAAUUUAUGUUUUAUAAGGCAAAUGUAUUUUGUUAUGAAGACUUCACACUCAAAUAAAAACAUCUUGGACAAUCUCCAUCAGGUUUAGAGUUGUUGAGACCACAAUGGCAAACUGUUUGACUUUAAACCAUAAUCAAACACACAAACUCCGACACAUUCUCUGACACAUUCGUUGAUGACACAUUCGUUGACGUAAGUUAGAAAGUAUAAGUUUGUAGAAUAAUAGAGAAUAGAAGAAGAACGCGGAAAAUAUAGAAGAUGGACACAAGAAAUUGUUUACCUAGAGUUCAUCUAGAUACUGCUACAUCUCUUGGGCCUAGCAAAGAGGCAAUCCACUAUAAUCUUAAGAACAAAGAUAUAGAACCUCUCUCUCACAACGAAACUUACAAACCGAACCAAACUGGAACUUUUCUUGGACAAGGGAGAAAGAGAGCACACGAGCUCCCCUUAUAUAUGAGGAGUUUAUUACAUUUAACCUAGUGGGAUUAACGCAUUGGCCCGUUUCAAUAAAUCUAUUAGGAAACUUUCCAAAAUACUUCCAACUUCCAUAAACCAUGAAAGUAAUAUUUCCAGGAUCCUAUCAACUUCCAUAACUUCAUAAAAGUGAUAUUUUUCUUUCCAAAUAUGACGACUUUGUCUUGAUUUAAGUUAUGCGAUAUUGUUUGAUUUUCAUAACCAAAUCCUGACGAAGUCCCUGACGGAUUCCUCGACGUAUAUUCCCUGAUGAAUUCCAACAAACUCUACCUUGAUAACAUCAAACAUGAUUCACUACUUAGGUUAAGCAAACUCGUGCUUUGUUAGGGGAUGUCGAAUGCUCCUCAAUGUUAGGACAUCCCAAGGAAGUUCACCGCUUCUCAAACUUCUUAACCAGAACAACCUUGGUUAAUAUAUCAGCAGGAUUCUUAGAAGUACAUAUCUUCUUCACACUUACAUCACCUCGAAAAAUAAUAUCCCUGAUGAAGUGCAUCUUUUUGCUGAUGUGUUUAAUCCUCUCAUGAUACACAUUGUUAUUUGCUAGACACAAUGCACUUUGAGGGUCACACUGUAACACCCCCGAACCGUUUUAGAUAUCGGUCAGUCAGCCAGGCAACAAUCAAACAAGAACAUGCCCGAACGACCUUCCUCUACCAAGUCCGAAAGUGUUACGGCGGGUUGAGAAUAGACUUUCCAAGUCACAAACAUAAUUCUGUAACCCAGAAUAUCCAUUCAAAACUCGUUUCCUCUAAUCUUCGGCCUAAGGCUUUGCAACCCAUACCAAAUCAUAGAGUUGUGUUAGGUUGGACUAACCUAAUAUCAGAUUCAACACGUCACUAAUAUAAAACAUACUUUAUUCCAUAUAUAUAAAACAUGAAGUUCACAAGCCAAAAAUAUUAUACAUAUGGUCCAUGGACGCAGUCGAAAGUAAAACAUACAUUUAUAUAUCUUGAAAAUGAGUCUUUAGCAAAAGAUGUCCAAUCUACACCAGCUCCUACAGUUCCGCGAGUGCUACGGUCUUUUCUACUGGUCACCUGCAAAAGGAUGCGAAGAGUGAGUGAACUAGUUUUACUCAGUGAGACAGGGUUCCCUAUCUAGCAUAUACAACUACCCGUCAUUCUUAACCCAACCCAAAACACAAGUAAGACGGAUUGUUCAACAAUCAAUAAAGCAUGACCGAUUUAAGCAAUAAAUCAUUAAACCAUAAUAAAUCAAAACACUCUUUAGGAGUGUCACAUCAAUCAACCAUAUAUAUAUAUAUAUAUAUAUAUAUAUAUAUAUAUAUAUAUAUAUAUAUAUAUAAAUAUAUAUAUAUAUACUCCUAGAGUCCAACAGAAUCAUUCUUCCUCCACAUAAGGGACACCGGCUAUCCCUUCACUAUUACACCACACAGGCGUAGACGCUUGGGAGUCGCCCGGUCACGGUCCUUAAUCGGAAUCGCCGUGCCCCGGUCCUCUAUCGGACUCGCCGGGGGCUGUCACAUUCACGUGUGACACUCGGCCUUGGUGAUCAAGCCAAGUUCAACCGAGCCCACCACUUUUCGGACCACGACCGGCUUAGUGGUACCAUUUGAGGAAGCAAUGACCUGCAAACUACUACUAGAACCACCACGAGGUUCUCACAUAACAGUACCAACACGAGGUACACACUAUAACAACAUAUAAUAAUCACACAUUCACAAUAAUUCGAGUGCUUAGACUAGUCUUGCUAUCCACUUUGCCAGACAUCGUCUCAAGCCACGGAUCCACAAACUGACACCUAGACCGGUCCGGCUAUCCUAGCUCGGAAGACGUCUCUGAUGUCAGGAACCUUCAUUAAAAAUUCAUUAAUUAACCGUGACUCACAGUGAUUAAGCGAUGUGGCUCAACUCUUUGAUUCCGGAUGUUGACCAAACCCUUUUUCUCCCCUCCAAAUCUUCGUCUUGGUACUGUGAUGUUAAAUCCCAAAACCCAACGUCAAUGUCUUGAAUGGACUGGUCUUGGCUGAUCAGAACUCGGAAAGAACAUUCCUUCACUUCUGGACAGUGUUUCGAAACUUCCCAACAGUUUAUCAGUCUUCAAAAAUGUCUAUACUUCUAAAGCACCUCACUUCUUUUUCUUUCUCCCUAUAGCCACGUUUUUCUUUGGUUUAUAUGGAAUGAGAUCAGUAAAAAUGGUGAAGGGUGGCUGGGUAUAUAUAGAAAUUGCCAGCUAAUAAGAAUGAGCCACCCGAUCGCCUGUGUGUUGUCCUGCAUGCUUCUGGUCGCAUGUGUGGCGACACAUGGGCGUCCACAUGCCCUGUUGCAUUUCUCCUUUACAUGCCAGGGGACACCACCACGUCCACAUAUCUCUCAGCAUGUCUGGGGUUCAUGCGUCGCGACACACGGGCCUCUGCAUGUCGGUUCGCAUGCAAAGAUCACAGGUACUGCGACACCUCAUGCUUCUGUGUGUCGAGCUGCAUGGAACUGCUUCAUGCACGUCUACACCUCCUUCUUGUGUUGACACUCAGCAGGUAAAAUGGUUGACACCACGUCCUGAUCCCUUAGAUCAAGCCACCUAGAGCUUUUCGGUCGAUUUACGCGAUUUCGGUCCUUCUGGUGAAUUUGCGUCCCGCGUUCAAUCUCGGAUAUUUUUCCGCUACCAUUCUGAUGAGCUGAAUAUUUUUUAUAGACUCCAGACUAACCUUAACCUUGAGGAUACAAAUUUACCAAGCCUUCGGCUUCCCCGAGAAAUUCGAUAAAACCGAAAUUAGGGUUUUUUUUUUUAAGAUGGAGUAUUACUCACACGAUAUCUCCACCGUGUCUUGCUUGAAUCCAAGCUCUUCUGCUAAUCCCCUUAACCACAUUUCUUCUUUGACUGCUUCAUCCAGCAUUAUAUACUUCCCUUCGGUCAUUGACAGAGCCACUACACUUUGUAAACUUGAUGUUCGGCUGAUUGUAUUCCCACCAGUCAUGAAAACAUAACCUGAGAUAGACCUUCUCUUGUCCAGAUCUGAAGCUAAAUCAGAAUCACAGAAACUUUCAACCAUAAACACCUCAUUUUUCCUGAAGUACAGUUUCAGAUUUUGUGUUCCCUUCAGGUAUCUCAAUACCCACUUAAUCGCAGUCCAGUGAACCAUCCCAUGCUUGCUCAUAUACCAGCUAACCAACCCAAAUGCAUAUGACAGAUCACCCCACGUACCUAUCAUAGCAUACAUUGUGCUUCCGAUAGCAUUAGCGUAUGUAAUAUCAUCCAUACAUGUCUCUACUUCAUCAUCAUCUACGGCAGACAAUUUGCGUUGACACACACUGACUCAUCCAUGUCGAAUACCCUGAGAAUAUUCUUGAUAUAACCAGAUUGAGAUAGUGUCAGAAUCUUCUUUCCAUGAUCUCUCUCAAUAUUCGUUCCCGAAAUUCGCCUUGCGGGAUCUAAGUCAUUCAUCUCAAAUCUGCCGCUAAGUACCUGCUUUACCUUCAUGAUUUCUACUGCAUCCCUUGACGCAACCAACUUAUCAUCCACAUAUAACAAUAGAUAGAUGUAUGUACCCUUGGUUACCUUAUUGAUAUAAACACAGUGAUCAUAUUCACUCUUCACAAAUCCAUGACUAACCACAAACUAACCAAAACACUUGUUCCAUUGUCUUGGUGCCUACUUUCGUCCAUGUAAAUCUCUUCUUGUCCACAAUAUCUUCUCCUUUAACCUGAAACCGUUCUGGUUGCUCCAUGUAAAUCUCUUCUUCAAGUGUACCAUGAAGAAACAUAGUCUUUACAUCAAGUUGCUUAAGCUCCAAAUCCAGAUACACUGAAAUUGACAACAAGAACCUUAUGGAUAUAUGUUUUACGACGGGUGAUAUACUAUGGAUUUUACCCAUUUUUAGCCAUGAUAUAUAAGUGUUUUAGGAACUAUCUAUGUUGUUUUCAAGGAUUUUUAGCACUUUUACAAGUUCAUGGGUGAUUUGGAGAAAAUGAUGAUUUCGGUGUAUUUUGGAGAUAAAAUGAGAAAAAGCUCGAAGCUGACCAUCAAACCCGUUCGAGGUCGACAUUCGGAUAGGGAAGCGUGCAAAGCUUAGCCGGCUUAAAAUCUAAGUCAAGACAUAUUUACGUAAAUGCCCUGGCGACUUUUAACCUAAUAUUUAUGUGUUCUGCCAUUGUACUAGGCAAUACACACUUUCUUUACUUUCUAGUUUUUACACAGCAAACUAUUCCUAAGUUUUUUAGUAGAUUUGGAGAGAAGAUCCAAGACUCCUUUAGAGAUUUGUAUUGCAACUUCAGUAUUUCUAACUUUAAUCUAUUUAUGAAUCUUUUAUUGAUUACUGUUAUGAAUUGUUUUGCUAUGUCUGAGUAGUUCUCCUUGUUAGGUUUAGGUUCAAAUAGGAUUAUGAAGGAUUAGCCCCAAAUAUAGAAUUGGUGAGUUGUUUGUGAUAUUCAUCAGUUGAAUUGCUCUUAUUGCUUGUGUUCUAGAGUAGCUAACUAGAACCCUGAAUUUUGGAUAAUCGGGCGCAAACAGAAUUUGAUCUAGGAAACCUAGUGAACAUAGUUCAAACCCGCUCGAUAAAGCUUGCUGGAAGGUAAAUCGAUCGACAACGCUCCUUUUCAUGAUUUAGCAACAACAUCUCGUGGGAAAAAUUUAGUAAAAGGAUUCACUAGGUUGUCAGCCGAUUUGAUGUAGUCUAUUGUGAUUAAACCAGAUGAGAUAAGUUGUCUAAUAGUUUUAUGUCGUCUUUUGAUGUGAUGAGAUUUACCAUUGUAUGCGUAUAGCUGGCAUAUGUUUCUCCCACAUAGAAAUAUCUUCCAAAGAAAUUUCUAAGCCAUUCAGCUUCUUCUGCUGCUUUUUCUAAGGCUAUGAACUCAGAAUCUAUGGGGGAUCUGGCUAACACUGUUUGUUUGAUAGAUUUUCAUGAUAAUUUUUCUCCUCCUAGUGUAAAGACAUAUCCACUUGUAGAUUUUGAGUUUUUAGAAUCGGAUAUCCAGUUAGCGUUAUUGUAUUCUUCUAAACUGUUGGUUCUUUACUCUAGUGAGGCCCAAAAUCUUUGGGUACUCUCGUUAUAGCUUUCCAGUGUUUGUGACAAGGAUUACUUGGAUAUCAACUCAGUAUGUUUACUGUGUGCGCUAGAUCUGGUCUAGUAGAAUUGGUUAAGUACAUGAGACUAUUCGAUCAAACGUGCAUACUCGUUUUGUGACACUGAUUCACCUGAAUUCUUUGUUAAGUGAAGUAAAGGAUCUAACGGAGUUUUUUGCCGUACCAUUAGAGUAAUUUUUAAAUCUCUCUAAUAUUGUUUGAGCAUAAUGAAAUUGGGUUAAGAUAAUUCCGCUUGAAUUUCUUGUGACUUUACAUCUGCUAAUCUCAAGUCUUUCAUCUCAAAUUUUCCUUUGAACAUGUUCUUUGUUUGAUUGAUAAUAUCUUUAUUACUUCCAAUAAUGAUCAUAUCAUCUACAUAUAGACACAACAAAACAUACAUAUUUUUGGUAGUUUUGUAGUAUAUGCAUUUGUCACAUUCAUUAAUUUUGAAACCAUUUGACAUCAUUGUAUUGUCAAAUUUUUUGUGCCAUUGUUACGAACUUGUUUAAGCCUAUAAAGUGACUUUACAAGUUGGCAUACUCUGUCAUCAUAUACAAGAAUGACAAAACCCUCAGAGAUUGUUUCAUGUAAAUUUCCUCUUAUAAAUCAUCAUUUAGAAAGAAAAAAAAACAGUUUUUACAUUUAUUUGAUGGAUUUCGAAGUCUCUUAAAGAUGUGAUUGCUAUCAUCAGUCUUAUUGAUUAUCAAAUAUAUUUUUUUAUGAAUUAUCAUCGAUUGUUAUUUCUUAUCAUAAAUUUUCUUAUUUUUUCAAAAAUUCUUUUUCUAAAUAUAAAAUAUACAUGUUUUCUAAACUUUAAAAAAUAUAUAUAAUUAUUUGGUAUUAUAAUAGCUCUUUAAUUUUUUUAAUAAUGAUUUUUUCAUACUGUGUUGUUUUACUUGUUUUUAUUUUAAGUUUUCCAUGAUCUUUUUCACAUGAAAUUAAUUGUCUCAAGUUAUUCGUCUACUAUUUUGUGAUUUGUUUUUAAUUUUUGGUUUACUAUCCUUUUCUUAACAGUUACAAAGUAAGUGUGUGUGUUGUAUAAAUGUAUUUUAUACAUAUAUUUAAUAAUCUUAUCAACGUAUAUAGUAUUUCUAAAUUUGAAUUUUAUGAAGUAAAAUUAUUGAUAAUCUAUGUCCUUAUAGCUAGAUAAUUUAAUAGAAUUAUAAAAUCAAUGAAAACUAAACUUUUGACUAACAAAGAAUUUAACAUAGAAUUAAAAAUUUAUUAAACCAUAACAAAUAAUUUUACUAAUAUUUUAAAAAUCCAUAAAACUAUCAAUGAAAUCUCAAUUUUUUUUUUAAAAAAAUAUCUUUUAAAAUUCAUCUACCAAUCUGAAAGUGUAUAUACGCUAACAAAUAGGCACUACAAAUUCAAACAGAGAGCAUUACAUUUUGACAUACUUUGGGUUGUGUUUUUUACACUUUGACAUACUUUAAACUUGUAGAGUACGUUGAGUAUAGAAGUUGUCUUCAGUCUAACCAAAAUAACCUUAAUGAAAUUCUGGAUACGAAGUCGACGUAGUUGUGUAUAUGAAAUCAAUGAAAUUGUGGAUGUGAACAUGGUUGAGGGAUGGUGAAAGGUUUUUUAGUUGUGGUGAAGAGUAGUAUGAUUAUGAAUAUGGGAGGGCAUGUCGCGGUGGAUAGGAGAUUUGAAAAAGAAAGAUAUGGAUGGAGGCAUGUGGUCAUGGAUAGCGGAUGAGAGAUGAUUAAGGUUUUAGUGGAUGUGGUCAAUAGUGGUGUAGACAGGUGAUGGGUGAAGGUUUUGUUGGUUAAGACUACUCGAUUUUGGGAUUCUGAACCACCAUAAAACACUCCAUGAUCCAUGACCGCUGAGCAUCAUCACCAUAUGACCCUCCAUGCCUCCAUGAUUGCUAACCACUUCUUUAACCACCACAACUUUCAUAUCCACAUUCACAAGCUCCACUUCCUUUAUUAGCUCCUCCACCAUCACCUCCUCCAUUCACUCCGACUUCUGAUCCACCUCCACGGCUCUACCUCCCGCUCUUCCUCCUCCAUUCAUCCCGACUUCUGAUCCACCUCCACGGCUCCACCUCCAGCUCUUCCUCCUUCACCACCACCAUAAGACCUUACCUCUACUGGCCCCACAGCAUGGCCACUAUAACAAUUAGGUGCUCCACCGUAACCACGUUUCCACCUUAUCCUCUCCACUAACAUCCCCACUUCCACCUUAUUCUUUUCUACUAGCGACCCUUAUCAGAUUGUAUGAAACAUCGGCGUGAAAACUGUAAUCGCUAUAGAGUAGAUGUGGCGGAUUAGGGUUUUAAGGAUCAAUGAAAAAAGAGAUUUUAGGCUAUAAAAUUUUUUUGGGAAAUUUACAAGCACAAAGUAUCUCACAUGCUGAAAGUAUGAGUGGAUGUAAAUCCCCUAUACAUUAUUUGAAAAGUAAUUUUGUCACAUGUCAUUUCUACAAUCAUUUUUACAAAAAUAAUAUGACAUAGCUACUAAAAUUAAUGACAUGGCUUAUAGCUUAAUAUAACAUGGACAAUUAUAUUUAAUGUUAAUUUAUAUUUUUGUUAAUUUUUUUAAAAUAUAGUAAUAACUCAUAUAUUACAUUUAAUGUCGAUUUAUAUAUUUGGAAAAAAAAUUAGAAUCCCUUAUAUACUAGAUCACAAGUCACUCGACCAAUUCUAUUUCACCACCUAAAUAAUUCUUUUUUUUUUCAAAAACAAAUAUUGAAAAGAAAAAAACAAUCGAAACAAACACUUUAUUUCUUCCCUCACUUCAGAAAAAAAAAAAAAA